AUGGUGGGCCUCCAAAGUUGAUCCGUCUGCCAGCCAGUACCUGGAGGAGGCAGUACCAAGUACUCGGAUACAUUUCCCUAUAAGUCCAUAGGCUUAACACUAGCUAGAGACUUCUAGAGAUAUUUUGUAUGCCAGAUAAGGCCGUCGCAUACCAGAUAAGGCCGCAAUGGCCGUUCAACGUUACGUGGGGAAAUUGGAGAAAUCUAAAGACUUUUUUCUCUCUGACGUCUCCACUCCGCAACUGGCAAGCGUUGUUAGCAUUGGCUCGUGUCGUCGUAAAUAAGAUUUGUUUGACGGAUAUUCCGUUAGUUGAGUGUGUUGUUGUAAUUUCUGAGGCUGUAUGAGUUGGACGGAAUGGCGCCAUCCCGCCAAGUGCGAAAUCGGCGGUGUAGUGUGAAGGGUUGUGGAAAAACAAAGGCUGAUUGUCAUUUGUCCCGAUCUCAACUUCUUCCAUGUUCCGAAAAACCGUGUCAAGAGACUUGCUUGGGUGGCUGUCCUAGAAGAUGGCUUGGCGGACAAGCAGGUUGACAAAGCACUUGUGUGUAGCUGCCACUUCAACCCUCAAGAUCUUUUGCUUGGAGAAAGGGCUAGAACGUCACCACAUGCCGUACCGUCAAUAGCAGUCGUGGAAGGUAAACUUGAUAGGCGGCCGGCGCGCGCCCAUCGGCACCGGCGGCCGGUCGUCGUGUAGCGCGGCGCUCCGCCAGCUGCUGUGCUGGGGUUGGCGGCGCUCAGCAGCUACCAGCUGAUGCAGCGCGCCGUGCUCGCUCGCCGCGGCGCAGUGUUUAUAGCGCGUGCGCCGGGCGCUGACGGCAGUCGUCUGGCAGCGACAGCUCUGCCGGUGACGGCACACGCUGCUGCUGCAGAAACUGGACAAGGGCCUGCUUGGGCUCCUGGUCCUGGAUCGGUACGCCGGCUCAGUCACCUGAUGACGGCGGCGCACAGCGUGACCUACCCGCCCUACAGCCGGCCCAGCAGGCGGACGGAGAGGCCCGCCCGGGCCCAGUGCCGCACGGAGAGGCGGUGGCGCUGGAGGCCAACACCCCGGCUCGCGACCUGUAGCUGACGGUGCUGGAGCCGCGAGUCACCGUGUUGGCUGGCCAUGGAGACUUGGAAAAGGCCGGUGAGGUGCGUCUCCAGCUGCGCUGUCAGACGAUCCAGUGGAACGAGCAGCAGCCCAUGUACCCGUCCCGGCUGUGCCGGUGUGUCUCCCAGCUUGAGCGGCGCCGGCCGACCGCUGCGCUGCUCUACAACUGCCACGUCCACACACGAUGCACGGUGACGGCUGACCAGGCGGUGCUGGUCUCGACCGCGGCCGACGGCCAGCCCGCCCAGGAGCACCAGGUCGCCUCGCUCUCCUCAGCCUCGGUCUACUGGAAGGCGCUGCUGGCGCCGGCCCUGUGGGCCGGCUCCCAGCACCCGCUCACAGAGCAGGUGUGCCACGCCGACUGGCUGCACUGCGCCGACGACCGGGGGACCGCCGGCGCUGAGCCGGCCGGCUCGCAGCUGGACCUGCCACUAGAGACGGACCUGUGCGACCUGGACGUGCGGCUGUGUCAGACCGGCUGGUGCUGGGCCGGCGCCGCCCGGUGCGCUGUCAGCUGGACGGCCGGCCCGUGCUGGCCGCGCCCCAGGCGGCCGACGCGCCGGCUCCCGGCGGCGGCGGCGAGCGGGCGGUACGGGCGCUGCUGCAGCUGCCGACAGCUGCCGCCGCCGCGGACAGCUGCCCGCUGCUGGUGGUCGUCUCCGAGCCGGCCCUGCUCUGCUGGCAGCCGGCACUGCUGCUCUGGCUGUCCCUGGCCACUCAGCUGGCCAGCAGCUGAGUGGCUCGGCGCCGCCGCCACUACCCCAGCCGCCCGAGCCGCCGCCGCCGCCGCCAUGGAUGUGCCCCGGCCGCAAGGACACUCGGGUACCUCGCGAUCGGCACGGAGCCACACCACGGAGAGGAACCUACCCGCAGUGUCACCCAACACCUCCGCUGCGGCGGCCGUCUCCCCCACUCCGCCGGCGCCGCCCGCCGCUCCGACUUUGGCCUGGCUGCCGGCCCUGGAGCGUCUGGAGGUGCGCCUUCAGAUCAGCGCGGUCACCGUCACCGUUCCGGCCGGUCCAGAGAGCGGCGGCGGGGCGGCCGGGGACGCGGAGCGGACGGCGGACCCGCUCCCGGCCGCGGCCGGCCACCACCCGGCGCCGGUACCGGGCCGGGUCCGCAGCAGCAGCGACUCGGGCCACCGGUACUGCCUGCACGGACAGCUGGUCUCUGUGCUGCCGUCAGUCCGACUGGACAGCGCUGCGCUCAAAUCGGCCGCCCUGCCGACAGUGCCGGAGGUGCCCGUCCGACUCACCAGACCUUCAGCGGCCGCAGCCGGCUCCCAGCUGCGCUCGCCGAGCCAGACGCAGCAGGUGAUGUCGCCGUCGGUCGUGGUGCGCGACUGUGCGUCCAUCCCGUGUCCAACGCCCCCCCCCCCCCACACCGCGCGCUGCUGCCGGGCCCGCCGUCGUAGUUUUAUGGCCUUGCGCCGUCAGUCGCCAGCUGGUGGUGGCGACCCAUGAUCGCUCGCGUACGUUCGCCGGCGCGCCCAUUGCAGAGAAGGGGUUCGCGCAUGCCCAUUGUAGAGGGGCGCGCCCCUUGCGGAGGCGGUACGCGCUACGCUGUAGACAGUAAUGCUUGUUGGGUAGCCCCUUUGCACAUUGUUUGUUCAUGGAUGUAAAUACAAGUUACAUGACUGAU